ACAUGACUCCUACGUUUUCCACAGUGUCUAUAAACCAGCUCUGUAAGCUUGUCCCGACCCAACAACCAUUAACGUUAUCAGUGAUGAUUCGCGCACGUGACUCGCUCUUUGUUACAGACUCCACCUCUUUCGCGUGAACGCGCUUUAAGCCGAAUUAGAAAAUCCAGGGUUAACAAAGCUCGCUGAUAGACAGCUCAAUGACACCGUUUACCUUUGCCCGCUUCUGGUUUUUUCGAGGCUAACUGAUGAUGGGACUCGUGCCGUAACUAACCGUGGCAUCGAUCAAGCUCGGCUUUACUCCGUCUCGCGACCGCGGGUUACGAUUUGAUUACUAAAUCUAGCAUUGAAACAUCUCGGAUAACUGCGCGUCCCCGCUCCUCCACGAAGGGAAGAUCAGUCGAACGCAGAAACCCGGAUCGAAAUCCAUGAACGCAGACGGAGAUUUUCAGAUAAUGAGGAAACAGGAGAGGGCGCAUUUUUUCAGCUCCAAAGAGCAGGAGCUCAUUCUGAAGUUGUAUGAAGAGGAGAGAGAGAUACUAACAGCUAAGUCCAACACCACCAGUGCCUCGAAACUCAGAGAGGAAGCCUGGCAGAGAAUUGCUGAUAAAAUAAACGCGGUCUCAGACAGUGGCUACAAAAGGACAUGGCAGCAAGUAAAAGUCAAACACAAGAACAUUGUGCAAACAGCAAAAAGGAAAAGGGUUGCAAUGAUGAGAAACGAGGGCGGCUCGGCGACCCCGUCUCUGAACUCGGGUGAGGACGACGUGCCGCAUCACAAAGACAACGGGCUGAGGGUGGAGGUUCUCCCUGGAGGCGCCUGUAUUGACCCAGCCGCUGUGUCUGACAGCUCUUUCAUGAGCGUGUCGGGCCACCCUGUCCUCCUGCUGCCCAUAACAAAGACUGAACCCGAGAGCCUCAGCAGCGACGAGACGGACAUUAGUGACACUCAGUUUGAGGGGGACGUUCUCGGCAGCAGCUUGCAGGAGGGCGCCAACGCAGCUGGCGCCACAGCUGGUGGCAGAAGCGGAGAGAAGCAGACGGAAAACCUCAGGUCUCUCUACUGCUCCUACCUCAAGAAGGAGAUCGAGAACCGGGACCAGGAGAUGGCUUAUAGAGCACUUAAAAUGAGGAAGCUGGAGAAAGAAAUCUUAUUACUUGACAAGCAGCUGAUGUGAUUGCAAGGAAAAAACAAAAGUACUUUUAUCCUUUUAUGUGGAAAAACAAGAAUUUGUUGAAAUGACAUGUUGCCUUUUACCCCGGCACGCUCACAGAGGUGUGUUUAGGUUGUAGUUGGCUGCAGCUGUAGGCAGCAUAAUCUCUUACAUGCUGGUCAAGGUUGUAAUGAUGCAUGUCACUACCGGUUUUUUUUUGCAAUAUUGCAUCACACAAAUUAUGCAACGGUGCUGAUGCUGCCGUACACCGAUUCUCAGACCACGAGAGUGUUUAAAGCGCACUGAUGGAAGGCAGCAUGGCUGCUUGAGGGUUCACAGUAGCACGUAAGUGGAGCCUGUGAGAGCACCAUGUUCACUGUACUCUACCACAGCAGGUUUAAACGAACGAAUGCAACAACAGAUGGCUUUAAUGUCAGAAGAGAUUUUUUAGGACCUUUUAUAUGUAUUUGUGACAACUGGUCCAAAUCUUAUGCUUAAAAUUUUAAAUUGAAAUUCUCAAGCUCCUUGGAAAACGUCCUGAGGUCCAGGAAAGAUGUGACAGAGAGUUCUUGCUGAUCCACUUUUAUUAACCUUUCUCUGAAGUCACAUUAAUGGAUGCCGUUGCUAAGCAGAUGCAGCUAAUGUUCCACCAGAACCCUCGCUCUGUUUUUGAUGAUUUUAUUCCAGCUAGUUAUGGUUAUUUAUAGAGAUACUUCAUUAAACCACACAGUGUCUCACACAAGGAGACAUCUUCAUGACGUGACAGAUUUGUAACAGUUCAUCAUUUCCUUGCGUUGCCUAAACGAAGCUCAGCGCGGGAGAUUAUGUGAUGACUUGCGUCAUUUCUCAGUCAUGUUGGUUUUUUAAUACAGGACGCUCCAGCCUAUCCUCUGCUAAAGGAUAGG